AUGACGUCAAAGCUCGAGUACUUGCAGCGCUACAUGUCCAGUAGUAGCGGCGGCGACGCUGUGGCGAAGGAGAAGACAAAGAAGACGAAGACGAAGAAGAAAAAGAGCAAAAGGACCAAAAGUGCGCCGUUGGGCACGCACGUUGUGGACGCCGACGACGCGUGGGAGCUGUCGGCGCCGCCUCAGGAGACCAUUGAGAGGAAGUGGGAGCUCGAUGCAGCCGAAGAUGAGCUGCCGUUGGUCGUGACGGUGGACGGAGAGGACGAGCGCGUGGAUGCUCAGGACCUGCCGGUCUACGUGGACUCGGACAAGUACUUGGACGAGUUGCAGGGCAAGAAGACGACGCAGAAGUCGCUGGACGAUGAGGAUUUGUCCCCGCCUCGUAAAAAAGGAGUCGAAGGAUGUCACGGGAGUAGAGAAAGCGACGAUGGAGUCUCGUCGGUGCGAAAGCCAAAGAACACAGACGAUGUGUCGAUACAAAAUGGCUGGAAAGAUGAUUGCCAGCCGUCUACGAGGCAGACAGGAGCUUGCUCCGACGAGAGCGGAGAGGAUACCGUGCUACCGAAGCGACUGGGGCGGGAGCAGCAGCCUCAAAGGGGUAAGGAACGGAGUGAAGAUGCUUCGCCACCUAGACGACCUGCGCGGGUAAAGCGGAAUGAAGAUGCUUCGCCACCUAGACGACCUGCGCGGGUAAAGCGAAAUGAAGACGCUUCACCGCCGCGUCGAGGCAGGGAGAAGACAAAGUCGCUGCAGCAUAGUCGAGAUGAUGAUAAUGAAAACGGUGCUGGAUCUUCGAGUGCUCGAGGUCCUGACGUCAAGAAGACGCAAGACGCCUCCUCGAUGGAAUCGCAUCACAUGACUAACGGAUCGAAGCAGGAGGACCAAAAGCGUCAACACGGACCGUCUUCGUCGCCUGCUGCACUUGACCGCCAGCGUCGCGUCGAUUCUCUUGGCCGAGACAUUCCUCCUCGCCGUAGUCGAAAAGAGAGGCGGUCUCCUUCAGCGUGCAGCAAUAACGACGCUACCAGCAAGCGCCACAACAACAAAGCUGCUAGUAGUCGAAGCAGAAGCUGCAGUCGAGGCCGAAGUCGUGGCCACAACCGGAGCAGAAGUCGAGGCCGUGGCAGCGACCGUGACCGUAAACGUGACAGGAACCGGGACCGAAGUGCAGAUGUUUCUCCUCAUGAGUCAGCAGCUGCAAAGGAGAAAGGGUUGCCCGACAAGCAAGAUGGUCGUAUGGGUUCGCGCACGGAUAUCAUCGCACCACCUGCGCUCGAUGGUGAUGUCAAGAGCGUAUCGCGCGAAGAUACAAGGCAUGCGAAAGAAACGAAGGAGUCGAAAGCUACGCGUCUUGACGAUAAGGAAGUGAAGCGAGCUGGGCUGUUCACUGCUGCGGAAUUCGAUCGCCAACGUGAGGUUGCGGCAAAGCUGAAGGACGGCCUGCAUGGUGCUGAUGCCUCCGAGAUGGGUGCGAACGCUGAGACGGUAUACCGCGACAAGCGCGGUCGCAAACUGGACAUGCUGAACGAGCUCGUUCGGCAACAGGAAGUCUUGGAUGGCAAACGCAAGCGCAAGGAGCGUGAAGAGUAUGAAUGGGGCACAGGUGAAGUACAGAAGCGCGAGCGCAAGUCGCAGCAGGAGCUGAUUGAGCAGAUGAAGAGUGCUCCAUUUGCUCGCCACGAAGACGACGAAGAGCUCGAGCGCAAGCGUCGAGGACGGGUGCGCGCCUUCGAUCCCAUGCAUAGUAAGCUUUUCCAGGAGAAUGCGCUGGACGCAGACAAGACCACGAACGCAGCGAAAAGCAAACGAGGUAAGAAGAAGGCGACUCAGGCCAAGCCAAAGUACGCAGGUCCACCUGCUCCGCCGAACCGCUUUGGGAUCGUGCCGGGCUACCGCUGGGACGGUGUUGUGCGAGGUACCAACUGGGAAGAGAAGAUCAUGAUGCGGCAGAAUGCACACGCAGCAGUGAGCGAAGAAGCGUACAAGUACGCAGUUGCUGACAUGUAA